AUUUUCAAAUUUCGCCUUCAAACCCUAUCUGUCUCUCUCUUCUAUCUUCAAUGGCCAGUUCCGCCACUGCUGAAGUUCUGGUCACCGGCGAGCCCGUCGGACGGACGAAGAAACCUAGAAACAGCCGGAAGGCUCUCAAGGACAAAAACUCGUCACCGGAGGAAUCUCAAUCUAUGGUCACGAAGGUAACGCAGCCGUCGGAAGAGGAGAACCUCUCUCAGAAUCAACCGAAGCCGAAAGCUGCGCAGAAGAAGCAGCCGGCGAAGCAGUCCUUCGAUAAAGAUUUGCAGGAAAUGCAGGACAUGCUACAACAAUUGAGGCUCGAUAAGGAGAAGACUGAGGAGCUUUUGAAAGAAAAGGAUGAGAUGCUUAAGCAGAAGGAUGAAGAGCUUAAAACGAGGGAUAAAGAACAGGAGAAGCUCCAGAUCGAAUUGAAGAAGCUGCAGAAAUUGAAGGAAUUCAAACCUAAUAUGAACUUCCCUAUGAUUCAAAUUUUGAAAGACAAGGAGCAAGAGAAGAAAGAGAAGAAGAAGUGCUCAGAAAAGAAGCGGCCCUCUCCACCUUACAUAUUGUGGUGCAAAGAUCAGUGGAAUGAGAUCAAGAAGGAGAAUCCAGAGGCGGAGUUCAAAGAAAUCUCUAACAUUUUGGGGGCAAAAUGGAAGAGUGUUACUGCAGAGGAGAAGAAGCCAUAUGAGGAAAGGUAUCAGGCAGAGAAAGAAGCCUAUUUACAAAUCACUUCUAAAGAGAAGCGUGAGACUGAGGCGAUGAAGCUGUUAGAAGAGGAGCAGAAGCAGAAGACAGCCAUGGAGUUGCUUGAUCAAUACCUCCAAUUCAAAGAGGAAGCAGAGAAGGAUAACAAGAAGAAGAAGAAAGAGAGAGAUCCACUGAAGCCCAAGCAACCGAUGUCGGCGUUUUUCCUCUUCUCAAAUGAGAGGCGUGGAUCCCUUUUUGCUGAGAACAAGAAUGUCCUAGAGGUAGCUAAGAUAACAGGAGGGGAGUGGAAGAACAUGACAGAGGAGCAAAGAGGUCCCUAUGAAGAGAUGGCGAAGAAGAAAAAGGAGAAAUACAUGCAGGAGAUGGAAACUUACAAGCAGAAAAAGGAGGAAGAAGCAGCAAACCUCAAGAAGGAAGAGGAAGAGCAAAUGAAGCUUCAGAAACAUGAAGCUUUGCUACUGCUAAAGAAGAAAGAGAAAACUGAGACAAUUAUAAAGAAAACAAAGGAGGAACGCCAGAAGAAGAAGAAGGAAGGGAAGAAAAACGUUGAUCCUAACAAGCCUAAGAAGCCUGCAUCCUCUUACAUCUUGUUCAGCAAAGAAGCAAGGAAAGUUGUAAUGGAGGAGAAGCCUGGAGUGAACAACUCCACAGUCAAUGCCCUGAUUUCAGUGAAAUGGAAGGAACUAAGUGAAGGGGAGAGAAAAAUAUGGAAUGACAAAGCUGCAGAAGCCAUGGAAGCUUACAAAAAGGAAGUGGAGGAAUACAACAAAACUGUUGCUGAAACAACAAAGGGUGAGGAGGAGGAGAAAGCCUGAGAAAAAGAAUUAAUUAGUUAAGUGUUUUUUCUCUGUUCAAGUGUUAUUUGAACAGUCACUAACAAAUGACUGAUUUUGAUUAGCAGCAGCUAAUCUUGUUUGUUCAUCCAAUUGAUUUCUUCUCUAGCUGUUAGAUUGUUGGCAUAAUUCAGUGCUAGGUUUUUCUUUAUGAAAUUAGUAUUUGUUCCAUCGUAAUCUGAAUGAGAAAGUUCUGACUGAUUUUGGGUCUUUUUAUGAUGGGUACAAUACCAAAAUAUUCAAACAUGUGAUGACUGAAGAAGGUCGUCAUCAUUGAC